CAAUAGGGGGAGGAGCCAGCAGAGUAAGGAUGCUGUCAGGUUGCCGUGGUUUCAGCCUCUCGUUUCUUGUGGCGACCAUCGUCAGGGAUGUGUGUGUGUGAGGGUGAAGGGUGUGUGAGUGUGACUGUGUGUGUGUGUGUGUGUGUGUGCAUUUGAGUGGUGGUUAUUGCAACUGUAAGGAUAUAUGAAUGAAGAAAGGCGAAGAGGAAGGAAAGGAAGGACGGGGGAGGAAAGUGGCAUUGAAGGGUGGAUCUGGAUUAACGUCGAUGCAGACAAAAAAAUCUGUCAUUUCCUCUGAGCUGCAGAGAUCUGAGAGGACAACAGAAGCCUCAUCACUCCAUCUUUGUUCCUGCAGAGAGAGGACUGAAGGAGGGAAGGAAGGAGUCGAGGACCAAAAGGGGGAAAGAAAGGAGGACUGAAACAAGGAAAAAAUAAUAGGAAGCAGGGAAGGAAAUAGGAUCGAAUCAGGGAAGGAGGGAGAGUAGGAGGAAGAGGGAGUCUGAGUCCUUGCUGGUCAUCAGGCUAACAUCACCUGAACUGUCUUGCUUCUGCUCUGAGGCUUCCUGGUUGAACUGAACAAGAUGUGAGGAGAUGUUACACAAGCCAGCGUUGCUGCUUUCCAGCUUCUAACCAGUCUUAAGGUCAUUAGGGAGUCAUGACAUCACAGGAGGAGGGAUCUUCAUUCAGGAGGUUUUUCCAAUACGUGGAGGACAGUGGACUUCGAAUAUACGAUGGUCUGGUGAUCCAAAACGCCUCCGACAUUGCUAGAGAGAGCGACCGCAUUCGCAACCAGACCAAUUGGACCUACCUGCAUGAAAAACACCAGAAAAAAAGACGGCAGGAAGAAAGCAUCAAGAGGAUUGGUGAGGAUGUUGCCGCGGCCUCGGAUGGGGCGUACUCUGGGAAACACUUCAGGAUGGGUUUCAUGACGAUGCCAGCUCCACAGGACCGAUUGCCCCCAGCCAACCAGGGCUUCACCGUCAGAUCGCAGUCCCUCCACUCAGUGGGUGGAGGAGAAGAUGACUCCAGCAGCAGCCGCAAACAACCCCCACCCAAACCUAAGAGAGAUCCCAACACCAAAUUGAGCAGCAGCUCCGAAACUGUGGAUGGGGGUGGAGUUACAAGAAGAGACCACCAAGACACCAAAGAGAAGCUAGAACAGGCUGAAGCUCAAUGUUUCCUGCACUCUGAAGAUGCCUCCAAGAAGAUGCCUCCACCUAAACCCAAAAGGAAUCCCAACACUCAGCUCAGCACCUCCUUUGAUGAGUGCUACAUCCGUAACCAUGGCAACAAGAAGUCUUCCUUGCAGUGGGACAAAUCUUCAUCCCAAAGUCAGAGUCCAGUAUCCAGGGACACAGACGAAGAGGAGCCAGUUUACAUUGAGAUGGUGGGAAACAUCCUGCGAGGGCUGAAAGGUCAGGAAGCAGAGGAGGACGACCAGAAUGAAUCGGUGUACGAGGAGAUGAAGUACCCAAUGCUGGAAGACUUUCUGCAGGACACAAAUGCUGCCAUCAUUGACCCUGAAGCUUGGUCAUCCCGCGGCUCACUCUGUGACAUUCCUCCACCUUUCCCAAAUCUCCUGACUCACCGCCCACCACUGCUCAUCUUCCCACCUGCCCCCGCUCAGUGCUCCCCAAACUCAGAUGAGUCCCCCCUCACCCCUUUGGACGUCACACGCCUCCCCAUGUUAGAAAACGUCUCCUACAGCAAGUCGGGCAGUGUUGAACAGCCGCAGAGCUCCACUCACUACCGCAAAGAACGAGACCGGGACAUGCCCUCCACUCAUACCAUCACAUCUUCUGGUCGCUCCUCAGCUCCACCUCUCCCCUCCAGCCUUUACAAGUCAUCCAGCACCACACACGGUGGUCACGGUUACCCCCGCAGCCAAUCAGCAUGCCCAUCUCCUGUCAGCAUGGGACGCUCGCUAACACCUCUGAGCCUGAAGAGGCCACCACCGUAUGACACCCUGAUGGCAGGAGGAAGUAUGCCUCGCUCUUCAUCUUCAUCUUCAUCAUCUUCACACAGGGCAGGUGAAGGAGGGGCUAAACUCAGUAACUCCUCCUCCACACAUGGGUCCAUGCAGAACAUGUCCGUGAGGUCACAGACUCCAACAAGUCCACUAGACGAACUCAACAACCUGUUUGCAUCAGGUAGACAGGUGAUGAAGAGGGGAUCAGGAGGGAGGAAGAGCAGGGAGGGUGAAG